AUGAUCCAAAGACGCGUUGGACGUGCUGCUGUCUUGCUGGUUGCUGCCACUGCAGCACUGGCUGCAACGACCGUUGUGGUCAACAGCACGGCAAGCCAUGCUAUCCCUUCUACGCUGUAUGGACAAAUGUUUGAGGAUAUCAACAGCGGAGAUGGUGGUUUGUACGCUGAGUUGCUGCAGAACCGUGCUUUCCAGCAAGUCACGCCUGGCGAUGCAACCGCAUUGUAUGCAUGGGCUGCUGUCAACGGAGGAAACAUUACCGUCAUUGCCGACUCUGACCCGGUAUCAUCUGCGCUGCCGAACGCUCUUCAGCUGACCAUACCAUCGGGCGCGUCUGGUUCAGUUGGAUUCGGAAACGAAGGCUACUAUGGUAUCAACGUCAACUCCUCCUGGACGUACAACGCUUCCUUCUACUAUCGCUUCCCCGAGGUGUCUGACUUCAGCGGUGACGCCACUGUGGCACUUCAAAGCGCAUCUGGCGAGAUCUACGCGUCCGCGCAGAUCCCCGUUAGCGGCUCUCAGACGACGUGGACACAAGUUUAUGCACAGCUUACGCCGAGCACGUCACCAUCGAGCACUGCAAACAACUUCACCGUCACAUUUGACUCGUCCGCUGCGGGCAACACAAUCAAUUUUGCUAUGUUUUUGCUGUUCCCGCCCACGUUCAAGGACAGGGCGAACGGUAUGAGAAUCGACGUUGCGGAGGUGCUGUACUCCAUGAAGCCUUCAUUCUUCCGCCUUCCCGGAGGCAACAACCUGGAGGGUCAAAGUGCUGCCACUCGAUGGAUUUGGAACAACACCGUCGGGGAUCUAGUCGACAGACCCGGUCGCGUUGGUGAUUGGAGCUACAUCAAUACCGAUGGACUGGGCCUGUUGGAGUACCUGUAUUGGUGCGAGGAUAUGGAGAUGGAGCCGUUCAUGGCUGUCUGGGCUGGUUAUUCACUUGACGGCACAUCCCUUCCCGAGGACGAGCUUGCGCCGUACAUCCAAGCAGCCAUUGAUCAGAUCAACUUUGUGACUGGUGAUCCCUCUGGUAGUUCAGCAGCUGCCCUUCGCGCCUCUCUUGGGCGUGAAGAGCCUUUCUCACUUACAUAUGUGGAAAUCGGAAACGAGGACUUCGUUGCAUCGGAGUCGUACAUUUACCGCUGGCGAGACUUUGCGGGAAACCUCACUGCCGCGUUUCCGCAGCUCAAGUUCAUUGCGACCACCGACCCAUUCAAUCCCAUCCUCGAUCCCACACCACAGCAGUAUGACAACCACGUCUAUUCAAGUCCUGACUGGUUCGCCGAGAACUCAUUCUACUAUGACGACUUUGAGCGCAAUUGCACAUACUACUUCCAAGGAGAGUAUGCUGUGACUUACGCCGAUGAAAACUUGAUGUACCCUACUAUUCAGGGCAGUAUCGGCGAGGCUGCGUAUAUGACUGGGUUUGAGCGCAACGCAGAUAUUGUCUUUGCUGCAUCAUAUGCACCUUUGUUGAUGAACGUCGCCGAUGGCGCAUACCAGUGGAUACCUAACUUGGUUGAGUUCGACGCCGCCAAUGUUUACAAGUCAACAAGCUUCUACGUCCAACAUCUCAAUCGCGGCACCGAAUACUUGCCUAGUACGCUGCCCGAUCCGAGUGGCACUGUCUUCUGGAGUGUAACAAGCGACUCCAGCACGCUCGCCAUUAAGGUCGUCAACUAUGCGAACACAACCGAGGAUGUGACUUUCCAGCUUCCAUUUGCCGUUGCGUCAUCUGCGACUGUCACAGUGCUAACUGGUGACUCAACUGCGAGCAACACGCCGACGGACCCGAACCUCGUGACGCCUACAACGUCUGCUAUUACUAUCGGACAGGCGUUUAAUUACACUGCGCCGGCAUACAGUCUGAGUGUGAUCAACGUCAGUUUGUCUUGAGCAUAGCGCUUGAUUUGUUCUGGAGUCCAAUACUAGUGUAAGCACAAUUAGCUGUACUCCAGUACUGUCACACUUAUCUUGUAUUGUGUCUUGGAAAUAUGUAUUGUCUCUCCUUUCAGAACAUGAUAUCUCGGCAUUGUUUGGGUUUGAUACUGUAAAAAUUUAUUCACUGGACUUUCGAGUAUAUUUUCAGUUGGUUGAAACCCUACCUGUACAUGUGCUUCCCACACUUCCGGUGAUAAUAAACGGGUACAGUCAACUCCCUCCACCAGGAAAAAAUGCAAGUGACAAUUCAC